AUGGUUUUCUUUCAGUUGUCUAUAGUGAAGGUAUUCCGUUUAACUUUGUUAUUUGCUAUCUGUGUAGACUUUUAUUUUGGGUCAUCGCACUAUGAAGCUACAUUUGUUGAAACAGACUAUUUCGGUUUGAAAACAUGGAACGACCUUAAAGAAAUAUGUGAACAAUCAGGCUAUCAACUUGUAAGCAUAACCAGUUCAGAUGAAAACGAUGCAAUCUUGAACUUUCUCCAAGAUAAUUGCACACGUGGAAACUACGCCAUCGGAUUAUCACGCCAGAUGGGAAUGGAUCAACAUAGGUGGAACUGGGAAUCCGAUGAUACUGCUAUGGAGUUGUUAUGGGGCAUUAAUGAACCAAAUGUUCCUGUUCAUUACUCUGCAGUAGUGUAUAUGACGACCCUGGAAAACCUCGAACCUGGCAAAUGGUACGACAUUGUGAGUACCGCGCUAAUAGGGGCUGAAACUGCAAAUCCUGAAUAUGGUUAUAUUUGUGAAAAAUCAAUAACAACCACGCAGUUAUCCACGACUACUGAUGGCAUGUCAAUACAGUCAUUUUCUAGAAGUAUUAUACCGUUAAGUUCCACUUAUCGCAUGCAUACAUCAGUAGUAGCCACGGUAAAUGGUGAACCCAAAGACAGAACUGGUAUUAGUGAUGAGCCAAUUACGAAAACUAACACCGAAAAUAACAAAGCAACCCAGCAAUUAUCCACGACUGCUGGUAGACCAUCAGUACAGCCAUUUACCAGUGAAAACAAAGAAACAACUAGUAAAAGUGAUAAACCAAUGAAGCCUACCUCAGAUAAGGGUAACAAGACAGUUGACCUGAAAACCAUGAUGCAAGACAAAGGUAAACCUAUAACAUGCAAAGGAAUGAUGAGAACUAGGCUAGAAAGAUUUGAUGAUGAUCGUGCUUGUAUCUGCGUCAUCCGUUGCAGCAAUUUUACUCCUGAUUUUAGUCUAGGGCAUAUGAUUGAAUAA